AUGGAACUUCAUCUGAUUCAAGGUUACGGCCUAUACUUUGCGCACAAAUGAAAUGCAUGAGUAUGCUUACGCGCCCUGAUGAUGAACAAGGUGAUGUGAACCAGGUUAUGAAAAGAACUGACUCUGAAGAUACAAAGUCGUUGAUAUUUUUCAAUCAGCAAGGAUGUUCAAGUCCAACAUUUACUAUUGAGGCCCUCGAAUCAGAGAAAAGCAGUUAUUAUUAUUUUCUCAAGCAUCAUACCUGCUAUGAUUUACUCCCCGAAAGUGCAAAAUUGGUAAUCCUCGAUACUGAUCUCAGUAUUAAGAAGGCAUUUUAUGCCCUUAUAUAUAACAAUGUACGAGCCGCGAUACUUUGGGAUUCAUCAAAGCAAAACUAUAUAGGAAUGCUAACUAUAACCGAUUUUAUCAAAGUUUUGGUUACUUUAUAUCCUCCAGACGGUGGAAAAAUGGAUGAAUUUGAAGAAGGCUCUAUUUCAAGUUGGAGGAAAAUCAAUAAAAGUUUUGCUAUCCUCCCAUUGGUUCAUGUUACACCAGAGUGUUCUUUAUUGAAUGCAUCAAAAAUGCUGUUACAAUAUCGAUUUCAUCGAUUGCCUAUUAUUGAUAUGAUUCAAGGGAAUGCAUUGCAUAUAUUAACGCAUAAACGAAUCCUUAAGUAUUUACACUUAAAUAGACAUCAUUUACCUACAGCAAAGUUUAUGUAUAAAAGUUUAAGAGAACUUAAACUAGGAACUUAUUUGCCAAAUGUUCAUUCGAUUACAAAAACUACAACUAUUAUUGAAGCAUUGAGAAUAUUUCUGAAAAAAAAGGUAUCGUGUUUACCAAUAGUUGAUGAAAAUGGUCAACUUAUUGAACUAUAUGCUAAAUUUGAUGUGAUUAAUUUAGCUGUAACUCUAACAUAUAACAAUCUUGAUAUUCCUGUAUAUGAUGCACUUGAAUUUCGUAGAUCAAACAGAGAUCGUUAUCCACCUCCCCUAACAUGUUUAAAAUCGGAUGAACUACAAAAUGUUAUGGUGAAAAUUAUUGAAUCCGGUGUUCAUCGACUUGUUGUUGUAGAUAAUAUGAAUAAACUUGAAGGAAUUAUAUCCUUAUCAGAUAUAUUAAAAUAUCUUACUGGUUGGUCAGAUGGUACAGGAUCACCAGUUAGAUCAGAUAUUAUUAAAAUGCAUAAAUUUGUUAUCAAUAAUAGUAAUCCAUUGCGUAAUUCACACUCAUAACAUCUUCAUCUUAUCACUUCUCGUUAAAAGAUUAUGUAAUUGAAUUAAAAAGAAAUUGACAACACGUAUGCUUUUAUUUUAAGUUGUAGCAUUCAUUUUACAACAGAAAGUCUUAUUUAUCCUACCGAUUUUUAUACCCGUGAAUCAAAAGGGAGAGAGAGAGAGGUAGAGAGACGUAGACAGACUGGAGACAAUGACUUUUCCUCCUCGACCCUCCUCUAUUCCCCUUCUUUGGAACUCUGAAGUUUCUAUUCACAUCUAGGAUUCAGUUUGUACACACACACACACACGAAGACAUUUCUUUUCAUCCUGUUUUCUCUGACUUUUCCUAUCAUCAGUGAGAUGCGCCCGCCCUUUUCUCUGUUUCUCUCUUACACACACUUACAAUCGUUUGUUUUUAUUUCUAAUUUUUGUACUUUCAUCUUAUUUGUUAUGGUUUUCGUCUAUAUAGCUAAAAAGAAAAAAGAACCCAGCCAACAGACCAUCGAAUCAACCCAGAUUAUAUUUCCUUAUCCUUAUGUGAGUAAUAAUAAUAGUGAUAACUCCCCCCCACACACACACACAUACAUGCAUACACAGAUACAUAUACUGUAUGUCUUUCGGAUGAAAAUAAAUAAAUGAUCCCAAUGACUACAUGAGAAGAUAUUCUUAUUCUUAUAAAGAAGAAUGCGGGUGUUCGUGACACACCUCUAAUUCUCUCAAUGUCAUCUAGGAUGGAUAUUGUGAAAUGAAUAACAGAUGUUUUGACAAUAUUAACAAUAAUAAUAAAAGAACAUCGA